GGAGCUUUGUCCAACCCACUGGUCCCAUUUAAUCUGAGAUCAGCUGGGACUGAGAGUGUCAUUCCCGCCCCUCCAACCCAUGCAGUAACUGUGAGCAGCGAUGGGGAAGAUUGACAACACGUCGGUGGAGCUAAAUUCGCACUCCGAGGUGAAGCAGGCAGCCAUUGAGGAAUUUGAGCCAAUCGCCCAAGGAGAUGGGAGCACCAAGAAGAUGAAGGAGCUCCCAGACAGAGGUUCUUGGAAGGGCAAAUUUGACUUCUUGCUGUCCUGCGUGGGCUACGCCAUUGGGCUGGGCAAUGUCUGGCGGUUUCCAUAUCUCUGUGGCAAGAAUGGAGGAGGGGCUUUCUUGAUUCCCUAUUUUCUGACGCUGGUGUUUGCUGGGAUUCCUGUCUUCCUGCUGGAGACAGCUCUCGGCCAGUAUACCUCUGUUGGCGGAUUGGGGGUCUGGAAAUUAGCGCCCAUGUUCAAAGGAGUGGGCCUGGCUGCUGUGGUUCUCUCGUUCUGGGAUAAUGUCUAUUACAUUGUCAUCAUUGCCUGGGCACUGUACUAUCUCUUCAACUCUUUCACUGCAGAUCUGCCAUGGCAAAGCUGUGGCAAUGCCUGGAACACAGAGAGAUGCUUUUCCAACUACUCCCUCAAUGAUACCACCAACCUGACCAGCGCUGUGACCGAGUUCUGGGAGAGGAACAUGCACCAGAUCUCAGGUGGCCUGGGGGAGCCAGGUAACAUCCGCUGGCCCCUAGCAGGCACUCUCGCUUUAGCGUGGGUUCUGGUCUAUUUCUCCAUCUGGAAAGGAGUAGAGUGGACUGGAAAGGUUGUGUAUUUCUCAGCCACCUUCCCUUACUUCAUGUUAAUUAUCUUUUUCUUCCGUGGAGUCACUCUACCGGGAGCCAAGGAGGGAAUUCUCUUUUAUAUCACACCAGACUUCAGCAAACUCUCUAAGUCUGAGGUCUGGAUGGAUGCGGUCACACAGAUCUUUUUCUCCUAUGGACUGGGGUUGGGAUCUCUGAUUGCCCUGGGAAGCUAUAACUCCUUCCAUAACAAUGUAUACAAAGACUCAAUCAUCGUCUGCUGUAUAAAUUCCACCACCAGCAUAUUUGCAGGAUUUGUCAUUUUCUCCAUUGUUGGCUUCAUGGGUCAUAUCACCAAGAAGUCAAUUGCUGAGCUGGCAUCUUCAGGUCCAGGACUGGCUUUCCUCGCCUACCCACAGGUUGUCACGCAGCUGCCCAUGUCCCCUCUCUGGUCGAUUCUCUUCUUCUCCAUGUUAAUGAUGUUAGGCCUUGACACCCAGUUCUGCAUCGUGGAGGGGUUUGUCACAGCCCUGAUAGAUGAGUAUCCCUAUCUCCUCAGGGCCAGGAAGAAGCUCUUCAUUGCUGUGGUCUGUCUUAUCUCCUACAUUGUCGGAUUCUCCAACAUCACCCAGGGUGGCAUUUAUGUCUUCAAGCUGUUUGAUUAUUAUUCAGCCAGCGGCAUGUGUCUUCUCUUCCUCGUCUUCUUUGAGACCAUCUCAAUUUCCUGGUGUUAUGGUGUGAACAGAUUUUACAGGAACAUUGAAGAGAUGAUUGGCUACCAACCUUGCAGCUGGUGGAAGCUCUGCUGGGCCUUCUUCACUCCCCUCGUUUGCGUGGGUGUUUUCUUCUUCAGUGUGGUUGAAAUGACCCCUCUGACUCUGGGGAAAUAUGUCUAUCCCCCAUGGGGACAGGGCAUCGGCUGGCUCAUGGCUCUGUCUUCCAUGGUGCUGAUUCCGGGCUAUAUGCUGUACUACUUCUUCACCUCCGAGGGGACCAUCAGGCAGCGUUUUCAGCAGAUGACUCAGCCCACGCAAGAGGUGAAUGUUCAGAACAAUGGACUAAAAGCAAAGACCUCACUGAAGGGGAGAGUCUCCGAUGCUGCUGUCUAGGCAGAGGGCAGAACCUCUUCAUCCUGUUCUGUAGCUGCUCCUGCCACUGCCCUUUGACCUCCUCUGACGCUGCUUGUGUGUCCCCAACUCCACUGUUGGUUUCAGUCAUCGUGGGAAGGAUCUAACAGAGGAGCCCUUUCAUGGCACUGCCCCCUAGCCCAGCUGAUCGAGGCUCUGUUUUAAACUCCAUAAGGACAAUGUGCAGUGACUGUCUUUGUAAUUUAUGAUCCCAAUCCAUACUGCCAGAAAGGAAUGUCCCAGGCCCUAGUUUCCUGCUGACCAGAGGUGGUAUUUUCUAUAGUACAAUAACGUCUCCUUUUUCGUUGUGUUCUUCAGCCCCUCUUCUAUACUAAAGUCCACCACGCACCUUCUAAUGAACCGCAAGGCUGUCACAGCAUAAAACCAGCUGUAUUUUGGCUAUGGAUUCAAAUUCCAGAUGAUUAUCAAUUAAUACAGCAUAAAGCACCUUUAAUGAAUAAAUAGUGCUAAGUGCUGUACAAUGGAUGCACCAACCAGGAAUACAGAAUAUUAGUGGCUACUGGAUACCCCUCAGCAAUCUGGACAGGCGUGAGGGGUGCUGUGCUGUUGGAGCUGCUGUCCUUCAGCCACUAACACAGCGUUAUUAUUAUUAUUAUUAUUAUUAUUAGCAGUCAUUUAUACAGAGCCAUAGAUAUAAGAUUCCCUUGUACUGGUGGAGGAGACAUCCUUUAUAAUGUGGACAUGCUCCAUCCCAACACAUCCUGGCAUGGUAUUACGUGGUGUCCUAUGAUGCUGUAUGUGCCAUAUCCUCUAUCUACUCCCUAAAAUGCCAUCAUGAUAUCAAGGGGGUUGUUAGCGGGCUUAUUCCUUCACCCUCUUACUUCCCUGGUCCUUCUCGCAUGAACAGAGAGCAACAAUACCCAAAGUCCGAAGGUGCAAACAAUUUGAUGUUUAUUGGGGUGAACUUAGGGUUAUCAUACGUCAGGGUUUACCCAGACACGUCUGGCUUUUCGGGGGGAAUUUGUAAAUGUCCGGGAUUUCCCCCUGGACCGCUAUUUAAAGACCGAAAAGCGGCUGACAGCGGGGCCAAGCCAGACUGAGCUGCUGAUUGGGGCCUCUCCGGCAGCCAAAGCCCCUCCCCAACUCCUCCCCUCCCCUGCAGCCUCAGAUCACCGGCAGCACUGGGGUAGUGGGGCUG